CUUCCAUCUCACACUGGUCACAGCGAUCUAACAGUGCUAUUGACAAUGGCGACGAACCACGAAGAUACGGCGGUGCAGCUGCAUGCGACCUUCGAGCAACGUAACGGCUCCAUCGGCGACCGCAAGAGCGUUGACAUGACGGGCGCCCAACUACCGGUCAUGGAGAAAGAAGGCGCCGUGAUGGCCACCGACAUGGAAGAGCAAGCGACGCCGGAUGACGCCGAGCCGACAGAGCAUGAGAAACAGAUGCUUCGCCGUGUUGGAGACAAGUUCCCAGCAUCAGCAUAUCUCAUCGCUGUCGUCGAGCUGUGCGAACGCUUUACCUACUAUGGAUGCCAAGGACUUUUCCAAAACUACAUCAACAAUCGUCCAAGUGGAGUCGACGGGCCUCGAGGUCUUGGCCUGGGACACGCAGGUGCAACGGGACUGAACCUGUUUUUCCAGUUCUUCUGCUACAUUACUCCCAUCAUCGGUGCCAUCAUUUCCGAUCAAUACCUGGGCAAAUACAAGACCAUUCUCAUCUUCGCAGCUGUCUACUGGGCUGGCCUGCUCAUUCUCUGGACCACAGCUUUGCCCGUUUCCAUCGAGAACGGAUCAGCACUCGGUGGCUAUGUGACAGCCAUUGUCGUGAUUGCCUUUGGUACGGGAGGCAUCAAGUCCAACAUCGCCCCUCUUAUCGCCGAUCAAUAUACUCGCAGACUGAUGGCCAUCAAGACCUUGCCUUCAGGUGAGCGUGUCAUCAUUGACCCAGCCAUUACCUACCAACGAAUUUACAUGAUGUUUUACGCCUGCAUCAACAUCGGCUGCUUGUCCUUGCUAGCUACUCCUUUCAUGGAGAAGUACAAGGGCUUCUGGACAGCCUUCUUGAUGUGCUGGCUUGUCUUCUGCAUCGGCGUGGGCGUGCUCAUCUUCUGCCGCGGCAAGUACAUUGUUCGGCCUCCCCAGGGCUCCAUUAUCACCGAUUCUUUCAAGGCGAUUGGCAUGAUGAUCGCCAGCCGCAACGUGAAUGCUGCCAAGCCAUCCUGGCGCGCUGCGAACGGAAAGACGAAAGUUGUGCCGUGGAACGACCACUUCGUCGACGAACUGAAACGCGCUCUCAUGGCUUGCAAAGUCUUCGUCUUCUAUCCAAUCUUCUGGGUUUGCUACGGCCAAUUCAGCUCCAACUUCGUGUCUCAAGCCGCUCAAAUGGAAGGCCAUGGAAUGCCCAACGACCUCAUGCAGAACUUCGAUCCGAUUACCAUCAUCAUCUUCAUUCCAAUCCUCGACCGAGUCGUGUACCCAAUCCUCCGCAAGAUGAAGAUCGAGCUUAAGCCCAUCGCAAGAAUUACGAUCGGAUUCUUCCUGGCUUCUCUUUGCUUGGCUUAUGCUGCAAUCGUUCAGCAUCUCAUCUACAGCGCAGGUCCCUGCUACAGCAGCCCAGGUGCCUGUCCAGCUGGUAUGGACGGCUUGUCACCACUCCCGAACCACGUCCACAUUGCCGUUCAAACACCCGCAUACGUCUUCAUCGGUCUAUCCGAGAUCUUCAUCUCCGUGACCGGACUGGAAUACGCUUACACUAAGGCGCCACCAUCGAUGAAGUCAUUCGUGCAAUCUCUCUACCUCUUCACGAACGCACUUGGCUCAGCUAUCAACGAAGCCUUCGUUCCCGCAACCGGCGACCCCGCGAUCAUGUGGAUGUAUACUGGCAUUUCCGUCGGAGCUGCCGUCACUGCCGUGGUCUUUUGGUUCACAUUCAACCACUACGACAAGCAAGAAGAGGAGAUGAACAAGCUUGACGCUUUUGACUCUUUUACGGGCAAGGCUGGCGAGGAAAGCGAGACACAUAGCCAGAAUCAGCCCGAACCCCUGCCUGCUGAGAAGAUAUGAAGUGUAUCUACAGCACUCUGCGUGAUACCAAAAAAAAAAAUAUCAAACUUGAUAUCCAG